GGACAGGGCUGACGGGGGCUGCGGGGGAAAGGAGGAAGGAGGAACGAGGAAGUGGCUGGUCCGGUGGUUGGGGUGGAUGAACCGUGUUCAUUUCGAGGGCUUCAAAUGGAGGUGUUUCCUGAAGUCAGAGCAAUCAUUGAUUUAAGCAUUUUUAAGGACAAAGAAAAUGAAGCACUGGGUAUCAUUAAACUAAGCAAAGUAUGUGGAAAAUGUCAAGGUGGCCUUAAAAGUUAUGAAGUUAUCGAUUCAUUUGAAAAGAUUGAUAAAAUUCACACUGAAUUAACGAAGCUUAAAAUUGGGCUGUCUGGAACAGGCAUUUCAAAGUCCUCGGGCGCAGAACCUCGUGCAUCCUCUGAGGAGGAGAGCUCAGUGUCCUAUGAAGUGAAAUCUUCAAUGUCGUCUGGUACUGAGUUUUCAGGUUCCUCCAGAAAAGAGUCUGUAAAAGCUUCGGGUGCAAAAUCUACAAAGUGCUCUCAUACAGAAUCCGUGAGAUCCGGAAUGGAGUUUGGAAAGCCUGCUACGAAGUCUCUUGGUGCGGGAUCGGCAAGGCUUUCUGAAACGGAAACUCCAGUGCCUCAUGCAUCGCUGAACUCAUGUGAUCAUGAUUUAAUAACUGUAGACAGAACAAUUAUGAGUUACAUUGAAAACACUCAUAAUGAUGAGCUGCAAAAAAUAGAGAGAGAUUUUGAUGUCAGCAGAGAAAUAAUACAUACUGAGCAAUGGUCAACCGUAGAAUUUAUACAAAAUAAGAAAAAGAUACCAUGCUAUGCUGCAAAAGAAAAGUUUAUUGAUUUCUAUCAACGUAUUGUGACAAAUCUAUGCAUGUCAACAAUAACACCUAACCUUAGAGGGAGAGGCCUAACAAUUAAAAACGUGGAAGCAUUUCUCCAAAAGAAUUUUCCAAAAGUUUGGGUUAUAUCUAAGGAUACAGAACUUAAUUUAUUUGGAAGUACUGAUGAUAUUAAGAAAGUUGAAGCUGCCCUGGAUUCCAGUAAAAGGCAAGAGAAUUUUCAACCUGGCCCAUUUGGUGCCAAUACAGUAGACUCGGGCAGGAGGCAACCUUUACAAUCUGAAAGUAAACUCGCCUCAAAUUCAGAUACCAUGAUAAGAAAAGCAAAAGAUGAGGACAAAACAUGUCCAAUUUGCUUGGAUGAAAUGAAGGUCCAAAGAAUAUUAAACUGCAAACAUUCAUUUUGUAGGGAAUGCAUAGACAUAGCUUUUAAAACUAAGUCUGCCUGCCCUGUAUGUGGAGAAGUGUAUGGAGAAUUAAAGGGUAACCAACCUGAAGGUGGCCGGAUGACUCACAGGAUCAUGCAAAUGCAUCUUCCCGGUUAUGACAAAUAUGAUACCAUUGAGAUACACUACCAAAUACCAGAUGGAUUUCAGGGGAAAGAGCAUCCACAGCCGGGCCAAAGGUAUAAUGGUACAGCACGUACUGCUUACUUACCAAACAGUCCUGAGGGGAAAAAGGUGCUCAGGCUUCUACAGCGAGCUUUCAAUCAAAAACUAAUCUUCACUGUUGGAACAUCUAGUACCACAGGGAGAAGCAAUGUGGUGACCUGGAAUGAUAUUCAUCAUAAAACAAGUAUUUUUGGAGGGCCAUCAGCGUUUGGGUAUCCCGAUCCAACCUAUCUGGCAAGAGUGCAGGAUGAGUUGAAGGCCAAAGGAAUUUUCUGAACUGUAUUGUAAAGGAAACAAUAAUGUUCAAUAUUCAUGUGUUGUAGGUGUUGCUGCUUGUAGUUUGAAAAUGCUUUAAUUAAGAUCAUGUAUAUUGCUGCCCAACAACAAUCACUUGUAAGCUUAAUGUAAGUAAAUUAAUGCAUUGACUUUCACAAAGAGCAUAAAUAGCAAUAAUCUGAUCCAUAAUUGCAGUUUCCUUUUGUCAAAUAGAAACUUUAAUUUAUUUGUGGAUUUCUGUGCCAAAUAGUAUAUCUUGGUGCAUUGGAGUAAAUUUACUGCAAAACACAUAGUAAUAUUGCAGCUACUGUGUCAAAUGGCACUGUAAUGACUUCUGGUUUAUUUUUCCCACAAAAAAGAUGUAGGUUCCAGGCACAGAAAAUAUCUUAAGAGUGAUUGUAACUAUUGAAUGUCACAAUUAUCUCAAUUAUCUUGAAAACCAGUAAAUAAAUGUAGCAGGGAAAGACAAUGCGGAGAAUACAAUAUCAAACUAGAAAUUUACCUUAGUUCAUUUCAUCUGCUCUUCCUAUUCCCUAUCACGCUAAUAUUUCAUCUCCUCCUAGAAUAUCUUUUCAUCUCCAAGAAUUUAUAAAAUAGGAUGAUACAAGGAAUACUAAGUCUUUGGAACAGUUCAGUUGUCAAUAAUCAAGGAAGACCACAAAUAUACGAAAAUCAAAUCAAGAACAUGUAAGCAAAAGUGACAGCUGCUUUAUAAGAUAGAAAUAAAGAAUGCUCACUGAUUUUUUUUAAGUCACUUUGAGGCAUUUUCUCUAUUUGAAAUUUAUCUUACUAUUGCACCUACACUGGAUUGAAAUAUCCAGGUGACCAUAAUUACAAUUAUUCUUAUGAAUGUGCCCAUGGAAUAGAAGCAUUACACUCUCCAAGAGAAGUAAAUUAAUAAUCUGGAAACCGCCUUUUAAAAGUGUUAUGUUUGAUAAUCAUGACUCAUUGUAACCAAGCUGAUUUUGUAUUGUACAACAAGAUUUAAGAGAAAUCUGGAACAACUUGUGCUUCAUAGCCUUUUCUCAGUGUGAAGUUCUAUUUUUGAGUUUUACACUGAAAGUGCAUAUUAUGUAUCACAUAUCAUUGAUAAACUACUGCAUCAUAUUAUUCCUUUAUACUUGCAAUACAAACAUACUGUAUAUGUGGCUAGCAGAAAGAUGUUCAAUGUUAGAAAGUAAAUCAAAUUAUGUUGUGUGUUAGCAAAUAACCAUUUAAACCCACUUAAAACUCUUCUGUCUGCCAUUUUACUUGAGGGGUUAUUCUGUGGCUGUAAGAAAUGUAUUUAUCAUGAUUCCUAGGUGUGGUAUCCUUUGUAGUAGUUUCCCAUUUAAUAUUGCAGCAGAGUGCAAAAUGUUGAUAUUACUUUGUAGCUGAAAGAGCAGCUCAACCUUAUUGAAAUAAAUUUGUGUGAAAAUGACAUCUUUACCAAUGAGAGAUAUUUUACUUUUGUACAUUGUCAUGCAUCAAAAUAAAUUUGCCUCACCUUGAUGGUGUAUAUUUUGUAUUGCAGCUUAUCCAUGUGACCCAUCUUUAAAAACACAAAGUAAUAUUCAGUUCAAAGAGUAACUUUUAUGAUUCAGUGAGAAACUUGUUUGUAAUAUUUCACUCCACAAUCUGUGCACCUCAAUCUUGUCAACAAAAUAUAAUCUUAGCUGAACUCGCCCACUAAAAUAAAUUGUAUACCUGUAGCUGGUUUGGUUGGAUGAUUUGAAUAGUACAAAGUACUUUAUGCCUUGUAGCUCUACAUUGAACAUCUAUCAUAAACUAUCACCCACUGUAACCAGUCUGUAUAAAAGAUGACUCAAAAUUCCUUCAUGUUAGUUAAGUGCAAAGGAAUGGAUACCGUGAUAUUUACAAAAUUGUAGAUGAUCAUAAUUUGAUAAAGCUGCUUUAUGCAAUUCACCAUGCCAGAUGGUUUAGACUCAGUUUUCAUGUUCUUACAUUUAAAUUCUUAAGAUUUGGAUUAUAGUUGUUACACAUACUCAGUUUUGCAUGAUUUGUGAUAUCCUAAAUAGCCAAUGUGAACAAUGGUGAAUUCAUUUAAUAUUCAGAGUAAGGCUAUUCCACUGUCUCAAUAUUGGAAAGUAUUUGGUUACUGUGGAGACGUGAUGAUGAUCAACAUUGGGAAUAAAGUCUUUUGCUCCCUCAGCGUUGCUUUAAUUAUCAGAAAA